AUGUCUGUUGAAGAAGCAUUGCAGAACCACGGAUACACAAUAGUAAAAUUCAUUAACAAUGGUAGUUUUGGAUCUUGUUUUCUUGUUAACUCAACCAAAUUCAAUCAGGACUUCGUUGCGAAAGUUUCAAUGUGCGAAAAUGCAGAUUCUAAAUAUCUUGAAUCAUUGAAGUGUGAAGCUGAAAUAUUGAGCAAGUUGAACCAUCCCAAUAUCGUUAGAAUUUAUGACUACUUUGUUGAUGUCGGUCAAGUAUUCAUGAUAUUAGAAUAUUGCAGUGGUGGCAGCCUUUAUGACAUUAUUCAUGAUAAAGUGAAGAAGAGUACAAACAAAAUUUUAAAGUAUUCAAUGCAAAUUAUUGAUGCCCUAUCAUUUAUGCACAAUAAAGGCUUCGCACAUUGCGAUAUCAAGCUUUCCAAUAUUCUUCUUGACAAAUUUGAUCGAAUCAAGAUCUGUGACUUCGGUCUCUCCCAUUUUCUAUCAAAAAAUGACAAGUUGAAGGCAGACAAAGGAGUCAGAGGUACUAUGAACUAUAUGUCUCCAGAAAUCCUCCUUGGAUUUGAUUAUGAUCCAUAUAAGGCCGAUGUUUGGGCUUUAGGUGUCACUUUAUUCUGUCUGAUCAAGGACAGGUUCCCAUUCUGUGCUGCCAACACUAACAUCCUUCUUGAAGAUAUCAAUGAUAAUAAUGGCAAGUUAACUGAAAAAGAUGGUCCUUUGGCCGAAAUUAUUAACAUGUGCUUCGAACUAGAGCCAGUUAAUAGGCCAACCAUGCAAGCUACAAGGCUGAAAAUGUUAGACAUUUACAACAACUGCAUUGACAAGAAACCAAAAUCAUGCACUCGAAUUUUCAAUUGUGUCGCUAAGACAGGUAUACUCAGUAACAGAAAACGUUUAGGUAGUUCUUUGCCUAACAAUAAGAUCUAA